CGCAAAUCCGCUGACAGUUGAACCAGCUUAGCAAUCUGUUGGCCAGCAUGGAUUCCAAACAGGUAUCCUUCUUCUCCAACAAGAUGGAGAACUUUCUGUCGGACAGUGCACGGGCCGAGCAGAAGGCCAGGCAGCAGGCCAUGAGCACUGCCGUGAGGGAGGCCCAGUCCGCUUCAAGGAGCCAGAAUGGGCACGCAAUGCGGGACGUGUCGCCAGAGGCGCCCUCCGUGCGUGGAGCGCAACAUCUGCAGCGGGAGGGCUUUGGCCCAGAGCGGCACAAGGUGGUGCGCAUGACCUCGGCCCUCUACACGCCACUUCGUCCCGUGCAGGCGGGCCUUGCUUCCGCUCAGGGCUCCGUGGCGGCGCCCAGUACCAUGGCACAGGGGGCGCUGGUUCGGCCUGAGAAUGCGGUGCAGCGCACGGAUUCCACCAUCAUAUCGAUGGGCGGGCGGGUUCGUCCUGACAAUGCGGUGCAGCGCACGGAUUCCACCAUCAUAGCGAUGGCACGGCCGGUCCAGGUUCUGAGGCCACACCCCGUGCUGAUGCAUGACCAGGCUGAGUUUAUGAAGGCGCUUUCCCCGAAGAGACCGCCUCUGGACAUCGCCAUCGAGGCCGAAUCACACGAGGUCGGGCAGUCGUGCUGCUUUUGGGACUGCCGCGGUCCUGACUGAGCUGGCUGCACGCAUGGCAAAUCCGGCCGGCGCUGUUCGAGCGACCAGAAACUGGACAACUGGGUUUGGCUAGCGAUGCUUCGAGAGGCCAAGAAUGGGUGGUUUCCUUUUUGGUUUCCAAGUUGCGGAAACCGGUUGCCCUGGUGCUUGUCAGGAACCCUGGCUGUGGAGGUUGCCGGCAAAUGCACGAGGUGAGCUUGGGCACACGUAUCCCGGGCUGCCGCUUGACAUGAGCGGGAGGAGGUCCACCUGUCUUACCUUUUGUGGGCCUCGGACUUGCUCGGCAAAAUCAGCCAUUUGGUGAGGA